CUGAGCAGGGGAGUAGACAGCUCAGCGGCGGCGGAGGGAGUGUGUGCGCGCUGGUCAGCAGUGGGAGGUGUGUGAGCCUCGCACUGACCGUAGAGCCUCGGGCGCAAUCGCCAGGGAGCUAGGACUCGGCAACUGGGCUGCCGGGCCACCCGGCCUAGGCUUCAGAGGCGCAAACUGAUGGGACUAGCUCGCUCGGCAGUGUCUCCGCGCUCUUCUAAGUACACUGAGCGGGCCCCGCGCUGAAGUCGAAGCUGUCGGGGGGCGCGCAGCCCGGAGUCCCAGUGUGGCCUGGAGGAACGGAGCCCGUGCCAGGGCGGCCCGGUCGGGAGCCCCCAGACCGAGCUCGUGUGGUGGGGAGACUCCCACUUCUUACCAGGGGUGCCGAUCCCGGGGCGGUCGAGGCGUCCGGGUGGCCACCGAGUCCCCAGCGGUGAGACCCCGUCGGGGAGAGGUCGCACAGUCCCAAACAGUCUCGGGGAGCCGAGCGGAAUCGGACGGGAUCACCCGGGGGCGCAGAGCCCCCGUCGUGCUUCGUGCGGCGGAGAGGCCAGUGGAGCGGGCCCUCGGAGGCCACAGCUCAUGCUCGGGUUGGGGGCGGCUGCCCAGUGAGUCCUCCUGGCCGGCGGGGCGGAGAAGAGCGACACCGAAGCCGGCGGGAGGGGAGCACUUCAAGGCCGGCGGCUGCGGAGGAUGGGCGCCUAAGCGUCUCGGAGCGCAGCGCGGCACAGGAAGGCGAGGCCAGCUUUGCUGAGGAGGCGCCAGGGGAUCCCGAAGUGCAGCCUGCCCCAGGGAAGAUGGCCCGGCCUGGCCAGCGUUGGCUCGGCAAGUGGCUUGUGGCGAUGGUCGUGUUGGCGCUGUGCCGGCUCGCCACCCCGCUGGCCAAGAAUCUAGAGCCCGUGUCCUGGAGCUCCCUCAACCCCAAGUUCCUGAGUGGGAAGGGCCUGGUGAUCUACCCAAAGAUUGGAGACAAGCUGGACAUCAUCUGCCCCCGAGCAGAAGCUGGGCGGCCCUAUGAGUACUACAAGCUGUACCUGGUGCGGCCUGAGCAGGCAGCUGCCUGCAGCACCGUGCUCGACCCCAAUGUGCUGGUCACCUGCAAUAGGCCAGAGCAGGAAAUUCGUUUCACCAUCAAGUUCCAGGAGUUCAGCCCCAACUACAUGGGCCUGGAGUUCAAGAAGCACCACGAUUACUACAUUACCUCUACAUCCAAUGGGAGCCUGGAGGGACUGGAGAACCGGGAGGGAGGUGUGUGCCGCACACGCACCAUGAAGAUUGUCAUGAAGGUUGGGCAAGACCCCAAUGCUGUGAUGCCCGAGCAGCUGACUACCAGCCGGCCCAGCAAGGAGGCAGACAACACUAUCAAGGUGGCUACACAGGCCCCCGGUGGUCGGGGCUCCCUGGGUGACUCUGACGGCAAGCACGAGACUGUGAACCAGGAUGAGAAAAGUGGCUCCAGUGGGAGUGGAGGCAGCAGCGGGGACCCCGACAGCUUCUUCAACUCCAAGGUGGCAUUGUUUGCGGCCGUGGGCGCCGGCUGCGUCAUCUUCCUGCUCAUCAUCAUCUUCCUGACCAUCCUGCUGCUGAAGCUGCGCAAGCGGCACCGCAAGCACACGCAGCAGCGGGCGCCCGCCCUCUCGCUCAGCACCCUGGCCAGUCCUAAGGGGGGCAGUGGCACGGCGGGCACCGAGCCCAGCGACAUCAUCAUCCCCUUACGGACUACAGAGAACAACUACUGCCCCCACUAUGAGAAGGUGAGUGGGGACUACGGGCACCCUGUCUACAUCGUCCAGGAGAUGCCGCCCCAGAGCCCCGCGAACAUCUACUACAAGGUCUGAGGGCCCUGGCAGCCUCGGCCCCGAGGGACAGUCGGCCGGGACUGCACCUCUCCAUCCUCACCCACAUCCCUCCCCUUGCCAGCUGUGCCCAUCUUUGUAUUUAGUUUUGUAGUUUCUUGGCUUUUAUAAUCCCCCUUUUGCUCCGCCCCCUGGGCUUCAGAGGGGGGUGCUUGUGCCCCCAGCCCCCAUGCUCUUGUGCCUUCCCCCUCUGGCCAGGCCUUUGGGCUCUGCGGGGGCACCCCUUCUUGGAGGGCAGGGUCGGACGCUGAUGGACAGCAGGCAGGGAGACGCCCGCCCCGGCCCUGUGCCCCCUCGCCCCCUUUCUCCCUUCCCAGGACUUCUUGUCCGCUAUCAUCACUGUUUUUAAUGUUUUUGUGUUCAUUUUUUUAGCUGUCAACUCAUUUUCAUCUGUUUUCUUUUCUUUUCUUUUUUUUUGAAGAAAAAUGGAAAAAUGGAAAAGACAGCCCCUCCCCAGGUUUUCUGAGCCCAGCCUUCCGCAGUGUCAGGGGCCUGGGGCAGGAUGUGGCCAGCCGGGAAGCAUAGGAUGGCAUUUCUUUUAUAAACUCGUUGGCAUAUUUUUUGUGGGGAGGGGACAGGCCAGGGCUGUUCUUGCCCACGAGGGAAGACAAGAGUGCCAUUGGGCAAGGUGUCUCACCCUCCCCCACUGACCCUCCUUCUACAGUGCUGAUCUUGGCAAUGGGGUAGUGGCUGCCACCCUUCCACCAAAAACAAACAAACAAACAAACAAACAAAAAACUUCCUGUGGGAUACUUGGGCAUAUCCUGCCUCCCUCACUCUCACGGUUAUUAAUGUCUUAAUUGGCUGUUGCCUGGGGAACAGGAGAGCUGCUGCAGGCAGAUGACCUCAUGGGGGGUGGAGGGAGGUGAGGUGCCCAGGUGGCUAUUUGCCCUGCAGAGCUGGGAGUUCCCCCUUCUCCGCGCUGCCCUGUUCUCCCCUCACCUUUGGCACCCUUCGGCCCGGUGGGGAAACAGAGGCCCAGGGCGGAGAACUAAGCGGGUAUAAGGCCAGGUAGCCUGCUUCUUUUCUGGGCUCUAGCUCAGGUGGGUGCCCCCCUAACCCAGCUCCCGCUAGCCCCCCAAUCUUGGGCUGGGGCUUGGAAAGAGGAAGAGGCUUGCCUAGGGCUGGGCCAGCACGCCGUGCACUUUGACCCCGGCUCCUUGCCAGCACGGCUGCUAACAGACUGCCACUAGCAAGCGCCUUGCAGGCACUCCCAGAGUGGCCAUGGAAGGAGCUGGGCCUCCCACCAUCCACUUCCACACUGCCUCCUGGCCAGGUGCCCACCCCACUGCCAGGUGGGAGAGGGAGCGGAACAGCCAGCCCCUUCCAGGUGGCAGUCGAAAGGUUUUUUUUGUUUUUGUUUCUGUUGCCAUUUGUGUAAAUACUAGUCUUUUUUGGAAAAAAAAAAUAAUGUAAAGAUGUUUUGUAUAAACUCUGAAUUAUUUUCUUGUUGCUUUUUUCUUAGAAAAAAUGAGAACUAAAAAAAAAAUUAACCACAUGGAGAAA